AUGGAUGUUAUCCGAGUCCUCUCUACCGAUACAAUCAAGGCAGCAAAAUCUAGUGAUAAAAGAAUAAAUUUGACUCCAUGGGAUCUCCAACAUCUAUAUGCUCCAUCCGACAAAAAAGGCCUUCUUUAUAACCAUCAAGUAGUAGCAAAUCAAAUUCAACAUCUGAAACACUCUCUAUCCUAUGUCCUUGAAUUUUUCCAACCUCUUGGAGGCCGUCUCAAAAUAACAGAACACGAUGACAAUAUUGUCUCGUGUUAUGUUAUUUGCAACAAUGCAGGUGUACUCUUUGUCCAUGCUGCCGUGGAAAAUACUUGUGUUGCUGAUAUCCUAGAACCCGUCUAUGUUCCUUCAAUUGUCAAUUCAUUUUUCCCUUUUAUUGGAGUUAGUAACUAUGAAGGCACAUCACAACCAUUGUUGGCUAUUCAAGUCACGGAGCUAGUUGAUGGUAUCUUCAUUGGUUGCAAUGUCAACCAUGUGGUUGUUGAUGGAAAUUCCUUAUGGCAUUUCAUCAAUUCAUGGGCUGAAAUUUCACGUAAUUCUUGUCAUCGUCAAUUAUCCAAACUCCCAAUACUCGAACGUUGGUUUUCUAAUGAUAUUCAACAUUCUAUACAAUUUCCUUUUACUAUGGAGAUACAAAAGAUUCACUCUGAUGGGUCAAGUUCUUCACCAUCUGAUGAUGAUGAAAAACUCAAUAUAUCAGAGAGAAUAUUCCAUUUCAAAAAGGAGAAAAUUUUGCAACUAAAAUCAAAAGUCAAUACACAUAUUGAUAGUAGUAGUAACAUCAAGAUAUCCUCCCUACAAGCGCUUUUAACACAUGUUUGGUGCUCCUUUGUUCGUUCCAAACAAUUUGAUCCACAAGAAGAAGUUCAUAACAUGUUUUUGAUAGGGGUUAGACCAAGAUUACUUCCACCAUUGCAAGAAGGUUAUUUUGGAAACGCAAUUACAGGUUGCAGUGUUACCAUGAAAGCUGGAGAGUUGUUGAAGGAAGGUGGGGUUUGUAAUGGUGCUUGGGAGAUGAACAAGUUAAUUGCUUCAUACACUAAUGAGAAGAUAAAAAAUGACUACGAGUCUUGGUUGAAGAAUCCAAUAAUUUUUAGGUUUAAUGGCAAAACGAAUAAUAAUUACUUAAUCAUGAGCAGUUCUCCGCGGUUUGAUGUUUAUGGUAAUGAUUUUGGGUGGGGAAAACCAAUAGCAGUUCGUAGUUCCAAUAAAUCAAAUGGAAUUGUUACUGUGUUUCCUGGAAUAGAAGAAGGUAGUAUUGAUCUUCAAGUUCGUCUUCCUUACAUUAUUUUAGAAGCAAUGGGAAGUGACCUUCACUUCAUGAAUGUUGUGUCCAAGUGA